CAAGUCUGGCUUCUGAAAUCAGAAGUACCAAAACAAACUCGAUCUCCCGAUCACAUUGAUUGGAUUUCAGGUGGGAUGAAUGCGCUCUCGAUUUGGGCACGGAUUGGUCGCCCUCAUCGCCUUUGGACGAGGCCCAGCUCAGGGCUAGCCCCUCAACGCCACUUGAGUUUCCAGACGUGUCGAUGCCGCCGCAAGAAAACGCCCUUUAUUGAGUCGGCCGAGGCUCAAAUCUUCCGGCAGAUUGUGCCGGAUGUAAUCCACUUGAACCCCGCCUCUCAUGCCCGGGCCCUGACGGAUAAACCCGCCUAUCCUACUCGGCCUGGCUUUCGGCCCCAAUCGUUGGAGGUGUCCGUUUUGGGUGUACCCAACGCCGGCAAGAGCACGUUGGUCAACACCUUGGUGGGCGUAACGGCUUGUCCACAUUCUUCCAAAGUUCACACCACCCGUCAAAACUCGGACAUUAUCUACACGCAAGACGAGACUCAGAUUAUAUUUCGGGAUACGCCAGGUGUGGUCAGACUCAAAGAUGCGGCCAAAUUUCAUUUGGAAAACACUCUGGUGAAUGAUCCUGAACAAGGCUGCUCGGAGGCCGAUGUCAUCGUGGUGGUUCAGGACGUGUCGAAUCGGUAUGUCCGCGAAGCCCUUGACAAGCGCAUUUUGCGAUUGCUCUGCCUAUUCCAUCACAUCCCAUCGGUGCUUGUCCUGAACAAAAUUGAUACGAUUCCCAAGAGUCGUCGGGUUUAUGACCUCAUUCGCAAAUUGACUUGCAAUCGGCUUAGGAAUCAAGUCACAUCUACCCGAAUCUUACCUCAACCGGACCCUCGAUCCGUAGAAUCCUACUUGAAAUCAAAGGAAAAGGCCAAGCCCGUGGAAAAGAAAGUUCGGAAUGAGGACUUUCUGGCCACUUUACAAGCCACUGAAAUUUUGACUGAGACCAAGGUAGCUGAAUUGACCGAGGGGGUCGUGGGUUGGCCCAAUUUUACUGAAGUGUUCACGAUAUCAGCCCUAUCAGGUGAGGGCAUUUCGCCGCUGAGAGAUUUUUUACUCCACUCUGCACGUGAUCGUGAGUGGCGUUUCUCGGACAAACUCGUGACCCGAGACAAUCCCAAGGACAUUGUGAUCCGGACCUUGAAGGCCAAACUGUUGGAUGUCCUACCGGAAGAGAUCCCCUAUGCUCUUCAACCGGAAAUCGAAUUUUGGAAUUGUGACGAGGGAACACUCAAAGUGGGGAUCUUGAUCAAAUCGAAAGUGGAGCGAUACGUGGGUGUCCUUCUCAGUAACGGAGGAGAUUAUAUCAAAACCUUUGCCAAAUUAGCCGAGCAAGACCUUCAGAACUUUUUCCAAACCGAAGUCUUUGUGAGUGUGAAUGUGAAAUUGACGGGAAAAAGGACUGAUAAAGUGAAAAGGCGAACUGUGCGCCACGCCCCCGCCCCUUUCGAUGUGUUAGUUUAA